AUGUUCUGUGCAAUUAGUGGGAAACCACCUAUAAAAGCUGUUCUUUCACCUAAUUCCAAAUGUAUAUUUGAACAGCAUCUAAUCGAACAGUAUAUUGAACAGAAAGGAACAGAUCCCAUAACGGAUGAUCCAUUACAAAAAACAGAUUUGGUUGAAAUCAAUGCGACUCCACAGCAGAUAUCACUUUCAGAAUCAUUGAGCUCGUCUACUAUCGCAAACAACUAUAGCAUUCCAAGUCUAUUGUCAACUUUGCAGAAAGAAUGGGAUGCAGUAAUGCUCGAGAAUUUCGAAUUAAGGAAGCAGUUAGACGUUUGUAAAAAGAAUCUCAGUGAUACACUUUACAGGUUUGACGCUGUUGCAUCAGCGGCAGCAAAAGCUUUUGUAGAGCGAGAUCAGCUGAAGCAAGAAUUAGCAGAACUUACAUCGGCAAUAACUUCCUCGAAUGUCGAAAAUGAUGGAACUAUUGAUAAACUCCAGAACUCAGACCAAAUUCUAUCAGACUUUACUUCAGAAUUAUCGACGAAAUCUCAAGAGUACGUGACAAAUUCCAAAAAGUCUAAGAAAAAGCUACAACACUUCUCCAACGUUUCAGUCGUUCAAUCGACAGAUUUCUCUGAAAUUGAUUUGAUUAGCAGAAAUCAGCAUGUCAAUCUUAAUGAAAGAUCUGUUGUUGUAAAAGAUAAUGACAAAGCUUUUGUGUUUGGACCUCAAGAUUCUAUUCUUGAUGUGUCACAAGCCACAGAAUAUCUGGUGGAGUUUAAAGACGUUCUAUACACCUUCACCCAGGGACUAUUAGCAGCGUAUGACCUUCAUACAAAGUCUUUGUUGUAUGAAGAAGUUUUGGAAGGAACUGAUGGGCCAGUGAUAUUUAUGGCUUAUCCUCAUCAAAUAUCGGAUUCUUACUUCUUAUUCGUAACUGAAAGAGGUACAAUAUAUGGGUAUGAAGUUACCAAAAAAGCACUGUUCACCAUCUCACAAGUUAAAUUGAACGAUUCCGUUCAAUUUGUGAAUUAUCAUAAAGAUGGAGCUCUUCUUGCUAUUGGUAACCAAAACGAAGGUGUAUAUGUAAUAAACCUAUUGGCUGCUACAAAAGAUCCGAUUAAAUUUUCAACUGGCUUCCCAGCUAAAAGAGUAGACUUUGGUUUGAACGGUUAUUGGAUGUUUGUCUUUGGUGAUUCUGACUUGAAUGUUUACGAUUUAAGAAAGGAUCCAGGCACCUUGGCAAUGGAACCACUUUCUUUCGCUGAGAAUAUCAUCAGUGUGGAGUUGGACGAUACAGCUAAAGGUUUUUUCGUAAGCAUGGGUAAUUCACAAGUACAAUGGUAUGAGUAUGUUAAGGGACAGUCAUUUGUCGAAAAAUCUACUCUUCCGAUCGAAACAAAUACAGCAGAAUCCAUGACAUUGGUAAAAAUAGAUCAAGGAUAUUUCUUGAACGUCAUCUCGGAGAAUAAAUGCAUAACAUAUGAGUUGAAGUAG